UAGAGGUGUAUUCACUUCAGUGUUUAACCGACUGUCUUCAGAGGCAGUAGCACCAUUUAUGCAGCUCCUGGUUGUUUAACAACUUUAAUUUGUGAAACGACGUGUGUCAAUUUCUUCUGGUGUCUUCUUUCAAAAUAUAUUGAGAAAAAAAGACAUGGAGAUUGCUCCAGUUUCGUGCAAUUCAUCUCAAAUAGGAGCACUUACUGUUCUCACAAGAGUGCUCCUCGUUCAGCUUCUUCAAGCACAUUGUAAUAUUCACCCCCCAUCGAUGGAAAAUAGAGAUGUUAGCGAAACUCUCGUGAAAGACGGAUCACUGGAACACUAUGACUUUAUAGUGGUUGGGGCAGGUUCAGCAGGAUCAGUUGUAGCCGGUCGAUUGAGUGAAAACCCAAAUUGGAAAGUAUUACUGUUAGAAGCCGGUGGAGAUCCACCAGUGGAAUCCGAGAUACCGUCACUUAUGUUUGAUUUACUGAGAACCGAAUACGAUUGGCAAUAUUACGCAGAAAAGACUGAUAAGGCAAGCUUAGCCUAUCCAAAAGGUACUUUUUGGCCACGUGGAAAACUUUUAGGCGGGUCCAGCAGUGUCAAUGUAAUGCUCUAUGUUAGAGGAAACCGCCAAGACUACGAUACAUGGGAAGAAAUGGGAAAUACCGGAUGGAAAUACAAAGAUGUUCUGAGAUACUUUAAAAAGUCUCAACAUAACAGAAACAUGGAUUUGUUUGAAAUGAGCGGAAGUGACUUCCAUGCAUUGGGAGGACCCCUAAAAACAGAGACAUUUUACAGUGCUACGGAUACAAUGCGAAAUGUAAUCCUAAAUGGUGCUGCAGAAGCAGGAUUCAAAAAGAACGAAGAUAUCAAUGGAGCAGAUCAAAUGGGUUGGGGUAAAACACUCGGAACUGUGGACAAAGGACGAAGAUGUAGUGCAGCAAAGGCCUUUCUCCAACCAGCUGAAAAUCGAACAAAUCUACAUGUGAUCCGAAAUGCUCAAGUUACAAGAGUCACUUUUAACGAUGACGGUGACGCAAAUGGUGUGGAAUUCGUGCAUGAGGAUAAAACAUUCACAGUAAAAUCUUCCAGGGAAACUAUCCUCUCUGCCGGUGCUAUUAAUUCUCCUCAAAUUCUCAUGCAUUCGGGAAUAGGUCCGGCAAAGCAUCUUGAAUCUUUGGGUAUUGAAGUAAAAAAGGAUCUCUGCGUUGGACAAAAUUUACAGGAUCAUCUCUUUGUACCUUACUUCCUCAAAUUUCACACAUCAGAACCCUUCGAUGCUGAUGCUGCAAAUAGAGAAAUGGCCGAUAAUAUCUUCCUGUAUUUCCUUCACAAUAUUGGACCAAUGUCCGGUAUUGGUCUUACGGAUAUUGUAGGAUUUAUAAACACACAGAAUGCUUCGAGCAGUGUGCCUGAUGUUCAGAUCCUAAAUAUUCACUAUCUCAGAGGAGUUCCUGGAUUUACCAAGUUUCUCUCGACAUAUGGAUUUGAAGAGGAAAUUGAGAAAUCUAUCCUUGAAGAAUAUGAAACAGGAGAUAUCCUUGUUCAUGGCGUUGUUCUAACAAAACAAAAAGUUCCGGGAAAAAUUGAACUUCGCAGUAAAGAUCCUCUUGACUAUCCUAAGAUUACAGCAAAUUACCUCGAAGAUGAAAGUGAAAUGGAUACUGUUGUUCGAGCUAUAAGGAUUCUUCAGGAAAUGUCCAAAACUAAGCCCUAUCAACAGCACGAGGCUCAAGAAGUCCGCGUCAAGAUAGAAGAAUGUGAUAAGCUUGAAAAGGAUUCUAAUGACUACUGGAAAUGCUAUGUACGUUAUAUGAGCACUACUUGUUUCCAUCCAGUUGGAACAGUCAAAAUGGGUCCUGACUCAGAUCCCGAAGCAGUUGUUGAUCCAGAAUUGAGAGUGAGGGGUAUUAAGAAACUUAGAGUUGUAGAUAGUAGUAUUAUGCCAAUUAUUCCCAGUGGAAACACCAAUGCUCCCACAAUAAUGAUUGGAGAAAAAGCAGCUGAUUUGAUCGGAUCUCAUUGGAAGAAGAUUGACAAAGAAGAAGCUGACAAGAAAGCUGAAUUGUAACACUGAACAAAUUAUUCAAUAAAACUUCACAGAUUAUAUUGCAA